AUGGAUGAAAUUAAACUAAGUGAUGACGUAAUUGAGCAAAUAAAAGAUUUCAGAGAUUAUCGUUUGACUGAACAAGGAUGGUUAAUUGAUAAACUAAUUUUGGACAAAAAUUUAAAAGAACGUUAUAAAAAAUAUGGCUACACUAACAAUCAAAUCUUAGAAUGGAUUGAAUAUGAUAAAUUUGAAAAUAUUGAAUAUUUAGCAAAAGGAGGAUUUGGAACUACUUUUAAAGCAGUUUGGAAAGAAGGACGUAUUUUGGGAUGGGAUUAUAAUAAUAAUCAAUGGAAUAGAAUUGGUAAAACGCAAGUUGCUUUAAAAUGUUUGCAUAACUCACAAGGCAUUACAUCAGAAUUUUUGCAAGAAGUUGAAUCAAAUAUUUUAGCAUGUGAAUCUGGACUUGGUUUUGUAGUUAGUUGUUUUGGUAUUACCAAAGAUCCGAAUACAAAUAAUUUUAUGAUGGUGAUGGAAUUAAAAAAAGGUAGCUUAAGACAAAAAUUAAAUGAUGAUUUUAAUUCAUUAUAUUGGAAGAAUAGGUUGAAUAUGUUACGAUGUAUUGCAGCUGGUCUUAGUGAUAUUCAUAGUAGUGGAUUAAUUCACCGUGAUUUUCAUUGUGGGAAUAUAUUAAGCAAUUUUUAUCAAGAUGCUUAUAUUACUGAUUUGGGAUUAUGUCAACCAGCAAAUGUUAAGUCUACCCUAAGUAAUAAUAAAAAAAUAUAUGGAGUAUUACCUUAUAUAGCUCCCGAAGUUUUAAGAGGAAAAGAGUAUACUCAAUCAAGUGAUAUUUAUUCAUUUGGAAUUGUUGCAUAUGAAGUUUGUACAGGAUUUCCACCAUAUUAUAAUAUAUCCCAUGAUGAAUUAUUAGCAAUAAAAAUUUGUCAAGGAUUAAGGCCAAAAUUCAAUUAUAAAAUUCCUCAACUAGUUUAUGAUAUAAUUAAUCAAUGUUGGGAUGCAGACCUUUCAAAACGACCUAAGGCGAUUGAAUUAGAAAAAUUAUUUACUUAUUUAUGGAAUGAUAUUAUUAGUAAGAAUGAAAAUAAUUCUGUAAUUUAUGAGCAAAUCAAAGAAGCAGAAGAAAUAAAUAAGAAGUCACCUUCAACAGUUCAAUCACCAUUAUCAUCUACUGGUACUCUCGCAUAUACGACACAUCCUCAAGCAGUUUACAUAAGCAGACUUUUAAUUUAUAAAAAUCCUCCAAAACCAAAAAAUGCAGACAAUAAUGAUGAUUCGUCCGGAAUACAAUAUUCAGAAUCUUUAAGAAUGGAUUUUACUAAACUUGAUAUUAAUUCUAAAGACAAUAGUAAUUAA